UGUAGAACUAAGCAGAGGUAGGGAACAUUGUGAUUGUUUGUAUUUGGUGUGAACCCAGACCAAAGUAUCUCAAGCUGAUUCGGUUAACCAUGUACCAGCGAACUACGUGGAGUCAUAGCUUUAUUCAGGUGUUAGAUGAUAAUUUCCCGAUCGACUACAAGGGGAAGCUGAGAGAGCUAGAGAAGAAAGUAAAGGUGUUGAAUGUUAAGUUUGAAAAUGGUAGUUUCAGUACCUUGGAACUGCUUGAACACAUAGAUGAUAUAGAAAAGAUGGGUCUUGGAUAUCGGUUCCAAAACGGUAUACGCAAAUUACUAGACGUAGUCGCACUAAGAUAUGGAAUCGAUGUUGGGCUUGAAGAAAAAGAAGAGAGUCUUCAUGAGGCAUCUCUUGAAUUCAGGAUUCUUGGUGUUGGGCAUGAAGAAAAAGAAGAGAGUCUUCAUGAGGCAUCUCUUGGAUUCAGGAUUCUUAGAGAACAUGGUUAUAAUGUGUCCCAAGGUACUUCCUAAGUUUCUCUUUAUAACUCAUAUAUCACAUUAUAAUUAUAACUAUAUUAUAUUAUAAUUAUAAUGUAUAUUAAAUUUCUUUUCAAAGUUUUUUCCACAACAUGACUCCCUUCACAAAAUCCUAUAAGUGGCUUUCUUUGGUACACAUUUAUUACUCAUGAUUCCAUUCUUUACAAAAUCGUGGCUUUCUUUGGCACACAUGUUAAAAUCAAUAUUUUAGCUUUUUUAUUUGUUUGUAUUAUAAUAUUUAUAGUCAAUUUUACAUCGAUUUUAUUUUUUCCUUAUAACUUUUAAACUUUAUAUUAUAAUAUUGGGUAAAGAUCAAAUAGAAGUUUGAUCUUGCUAGGCAGGUUAAGAAGCUAUCUUAGCCUUACACAUAGCAAGGUAGAAAAACAAAAAAAAAAUUUAGUCCAUCAUAUAUUAGUUUCAAAUCUAAAAAAACCCAAUACUUUCUUUCAUCCUUAUUGUUUAUCUCACCCUACCCCAACCAUCACCAACUCCGCCGCCACCACUAUCGUUGUUGGCCUAACGCUGACUACAAGCAUCAAAAUCGUCUGAUUGUUGCUUCAAAUUGAAGCAAUUCGAUGUUCGUGUUCAUAGAUCUAGAGUUUCCGUAGAGACUAGAGACCGUUUGGUCCUCCCGUAGCGAUUCGAUGUUCAUGUUCGUAAAUCUUUUAUCGCUUGAAAAAUUAUGAGGAUUUACACUUUACUUCCUCUUCAUCAUUCAUUAUUCUUUGUAAGACUUUCUUUGGAAUUUAAAUAUGGUAUCAUCAGCUCAUUUAUCAUUAUUGCAUUUUAUGGAUUUCAUGAUCAAACUAUUAUUUUUAUUGUCAUUUUCUAUUUUUAGAAAAUUAUUGUUAUUAGUAUGUUGACAACGAGCAUGUAAGAUGUUUCUUACACAAUUUUCGAUUUAUAACGCAACGAAAAACUUGACAUCCUAUUCUAUUGCGUUUUUGAAUUGUGUUUUACCAGUUUUUUGUGUUUAGUUCCAGCUCAUUGUGUUUUAGUGCAUUACGUUUUGUAUUGAGUUUUUAUAGUCUUUGGGUGAAUUGCGUUUUACGUUAUCUUAGUUUUUACUAUUUUAGUAAACGAUUUUUUUUUUGUGUGUUUUUAGUCUAUGUGUUUUAGAAAAAAAAAACACAUAUCUUUGUUUGUAGUCUAUUGCAUUUUAGAAAAAAAAAAAAAAAAAACACAUUUUUUGUGUUUGUAGUUUAUUACGUUAUAGAAAAAAACACAUUUUUUUUGUUUAUAGUCCAUUGCGUUAAAAAAAAACACUUUUCUUUGUGUUUUUAGUUUAUUACGUUUUAGAAAAAAUACGUUUUUUGUGUGUUUGUAGUCUAUUGCGAUUUAGGAAAAACACAUUUUUUUUGUGUUUUGAGUCCCUUGCGUUUACAAAACAUUUUUCUUUGUGUUUUUAGUCUAUUACGUUUUAGAAAAAGCACGUUUUUUUGUGUUUUUAGUAUAUUGCGUUUUAGGAAAAAAAAAACACAUUUCUUUGUGUUUUUAGUCUAUUUAAUUUUAGAAAAAAAAAA